UAUAUUGUGGUAUGUGGCAAAACCCCGUCUUAAAAACACAGGGCGACCUAUUCAUGGUUAGAUGCAAUCGACGGCGCGGUAUUUACACGUGGCUUACACAAAGUAUUCACAAACUUCAAAGCUCGCGUGCUCGUAUUCAACAUGGCGACGUUUGGAGAAGAAAUUGAUUUUCGCGAAGAAGCAAAGUCGAUUAUUUCUGAUAUUAGUUUUGCUGUACAACGGAUCGAUGUCUCGAGAACGUUGAACAAUUCCAAAGAUUGUGCUUAUAUGAAUAUUAUCACUUUGGAGGGCUUGACAAUGUGCGUACAACUCAAUAUACACGGUUUGAAGGUAAGACCCCACUAAGAUGUUGAAUUUUUUAUUCACUAUAUAAAAUAUAUAAUAGUUUUGUUUGUGGGAACAGCACGUAAAUUUAUUACUGCAAAGCUUUCAAUCCGUAAGCCCGGAUCUUAUGAUUUGAUUAUUAUUAUUUGAUCUUAUCUUUUGAUUUCCACAAACAAAACUAUUAUAUGUUUUAUCGCCAUGCAAUCAUACAAAGAACUAAUAUCACUAUAAAUAGUUGGCAUUAAAUGCUCAGCAAUUUGCUAACUUUGUCCUUGAUUAAUGGAUUUGGAAUAAUUGUAUAAAACCAGGCUCUUAAAAAGCUUCUGUGUCUGAUUUCAAGACUGCUUGUUUUAAAAAUAGACUAUAAAAUAGACUUCAAUGAUUUGGUUUCUUGCACUUCACUUGGUGGAAUUAAUAUUAGAAUGUUAAGGUUUGUAAUCCAAGUAAGAAUAUAUAUAUUUUAAGACCUAACCAGGAACGACUGCGAAAAAUGCAGCACAAGGUCCUCUGGUAGGAAUUGAACCUACGGCCCUGCGAUUCCGGUGCAGCGCUCUAACCAACUGAGCUACAGAGGCCAGCUGUUGAGCUGUAACCGUAACUUCAUGUAUAUAUAGAUAAUCGGGUUGUGAUAAGGUGAUUUGGAUUCUUGCAUUUCAUGGAAAUUUUCCCAGCUCAACAGCUGGCCUCUGUAGCUCAGUUGGUUGCACCGGAAUCGCAGGGCCGUAGGUUGAAUUACCUUGUGCUGCAUUUUUCACAGUCGUUCCUGGUUAGAUCUUAAAAUGUAUACAUUCUCACUUGGAUUACAAACCUUAACAUUCUAAUAUACAAUAGACUGUAAGGCAAUGUAUUUGCAACAACGAUUAGGCAAUUACUGCGAACCCAAAUUAUUCAUAUAGUUUUGUUCUGCCCUACUGAUUUCUUUUGAAAGCGAUUGUUUUUACAAUAUGUAAACACGAAUAUGUGAAUAUGCGCACACACCCCCUCCAAUUAUCGCGUCUAGUUACGGUCGGUCCUGGCUGUAAGAGUGCUUUUUCAAUUCUUCCAUAUUUUAUGCCUAGGUUGUCGGCAAUGAAAUUGAUGUAAAUACGGAAAAUACGGGUCAGAAAAGUUACGAAUCAAUUUACUCGCUACUGGAUUCUUUGAGCCCAGCUUAUGUACAGAAAUUUGGGGAAAAACUUGCAGUUAAGCUUGCCAACUUACAACAGUAA